CAGGAGCCCGUCCCUGCCAGCGAUGCUUUGGCCCUGAUGAACAGAAACAUGGAUGUCUUGGAAGGGGCCAUCAAGGAAGCUGCCCAGCAGGGUGCCCACAUCAUUGUGACUCCUGAGGACGGCAUCUAUGGCUGGCGAUUCACAAGGGAAUCCAUCUACCCCUACCUGGAGGAUAUCCCUGAUCCAGCGGUGGACUGGAUUCCCUGCACUGACCCCUCAAGAUUUGGUCCAGCACCAGUGCAGGAACGACUCAGCUGCAUGGCCAGAAAUAACUCCAUCUAUGUGGUUGCAAAUAUUGGGGACAAGAAGCCGUGUGACUCCAGUGAUCCCAGCUGCCCCAGGGACGGUCGGUACCACUACAACACGGAUGUUGUCUUUGAUGCACAGGGGAAACUGGUGGCUCGCUACCAUAAGUAUAAUCUCUUUCUAGGAGAAAAUCAGUUUAAUUAUCCAAAAGAGCCAGAAGCUGUCACCUUUGAGACUGCUUUUGGGAAGUUUGGCAUUUUCACUUGCUUUGACAUCCUUUUCUAUGAGCCUGCUGUGGUCCUGGUGAGCAAGAUGCAGGUGGACACCGUGCUCUUCCCAACAGCUUGGAUGAAUGUCCUGCCCUUUCUGACUGCAAUUGAGUUUCACUCUGCCUGGGCUAUGGGCAUGGGUGUCAAUGUCUUAGCUGCCAAUACUCACAACACCAGCAUGGAAAUGACAGGGAGUGGAAUUUAUGCACCAACUGGAGCCAGAACAUACACCUACAACAUGAAAACUGAAGAUGGUCACCUCCUCAUUGCUGAAUUAGAUGCACACCCUCGUCUUUCUCCUGCCUCCCCACCUGCUGUCAGCUGGAACUCAUAUGCUUUGAGUGUUGAAAGAGUCUCACAGAAUGGCCAUGAAUUCACAGGAAUCAUCUUUGAAGAUCCCUUUACUUUCACAGAGCUCACUAAGCCUGGGGGGAAUGUCACUGUCUGCCAAAAAGACCUCUGCUGUCACUUGAGCUACAAGAUGGCAGAGAAAAGAGAUGAUGAAGUUUAUGUGCUGGGUGCUUUUGAUGGCCUUCAUGUUUUUGAAGGACAGUACUAUCUGCAGAUCUGCACUCUGCUCAAGUGCCCCAGCACAAACCUGAGUACAUGUGGGCAGCCCGUGGAGACGGCUCAGACCAAGUUUGACAUGUUCUCCCUCAGUGGCACGUUUGGCACCAGCUACAUCUUCCCAGAAGUGCUGUACAGCGGGGUGCAGCUGGCCCCUGGGGAGUUCGAGGUGCUGGCUGAUGGACGUCUGAUAAAUCGGAAUACGACGUCAAAGCCAGUUUUGAGUGUAACACUCUUUGGGAGGUGGUAUGAAAAGGACCUUCCAUCCAUGGAUCAAGCUUCAGCAUGAUUUCACUGCAGAUCAUUCAAGCUUUCAUCUGCUCUUUUCUGUAACACUAAUUAAACACAAAUAAUGGUAAUUAAUAGUGAUAUUCAUAAUUAAAAUGGCAUUCUAUUUUUCUAGUUGCCUUAUCUA